GCAUUCCACUCAGAAGACGACAUGCAGAUAGGCAUGGAUCCUGUCACCGUGGAACUCGUGAAACAUGGACCUGCCUACUCAAUGGGCGUCUUUCCCACUACGCACCUGGACCUGUCCAUCAUGAACUCAACUGUAAAGGUCCACGAGUUCCGCUGCCGCUUCCCGUCUUCGUUCCUUGCUUUGAUCACAAACUACCUGGGCUAUCUUAUUUUCAGUCCCGAAGAUACAAAGGAAAUCCAAAACGCAUUGAUCAAGGAAGCCAAAGCUUUACGAAACGUCUCCGGAGAACAGAGUUAUGCUCGUCUCAUUUCGGAUUCUUCAUUACCAGCCCAAACGCGGAAGCGAUCGAGCAGAACGAGUGGGAUUGACAAACAACGCUUCAUUCUUCGAAGGCCCGGGAAUCAGUCGAACACGAACGAGCUGGAACGAAAACUGUUCCCGCCACGUCUGAACAUCUGGACCUGUUCGAAAGAUCAGACGGAUGAGCUAGUACAUAGACCCGCAAUGGUACCGGAAGUCUUAUCGAUCCUCAGAGGCUACGAUACCAGCGUAUUGGCCAGUGUUCUGGCUCGUAUAUUGCGUCCCCACGGAGUUGGUCUAAUCCCUUGUUACUUGCGCAGUCUGUUUCUCCAACUCGUAAGCAACACAGUGGAAAGCGAAAUUCAUCAGCGACGUGCAAUUCGUCUGCUUUUCCAACUGGUGCCCACACGAUUACUAGGUAUGGUUAUACGUCCUGUGUUCGAGCUCCUGGCUGGUAUUGCGAACGAGCCCACCUGUGAAGUGGACGAAUACAGUUUGGCUAUCCUCUUCUCGCCCAUACUCUUUCUAGACCAGUCCACGACCACUCCGGCCUCGUUGGCGAGUCCACUUCCUGCCCGCGCUGUCGAACUACUUGUACGGACAGCCCUUCGAGAUUUGCAAUCCCAUCAGUCAUUGGAUCGCACAUUCAGAGUCCCCGUACUUUUCCAGAAAGACUGCCUGCGAAAUCUUACUCAGCAUAUG